GAGCGCCCUAGAUCACCUGUCAGCCACUCAUGCGCGCGGUAUGCCGGUCGUCCCGUUACGCGCUUGCGCAGUUCACUCCGCCGCGUGUCUCGCCGCACGCGCACCGCUCUACUUUGCGCGUUUGCGCACGGUUUUCGCGCUGUUUUCGUAUACGAAUACGUUAUGUAACUUGCUUGUUUGUGUGGUUAUUAAGUCGUAAAUUUGGUUGGCUAUUUAGUAAUAGUUUUUACAACGGGAAUAUUGCUUUGGAAAUUUUCUCGAGAUCGUUACAUUACUAGUAUCCCCUAUCUAAAAUGAUCUCGAACGACAUUCACUACAUGGCCGGCCAAAUCGAGCGGUAGAUUGCUAUGUAAAGUGUAUUGUAAUGGUCGAUAGAAAGUGUGCGUUGUAAAAGUGGGAAGUGAAUAGACGGAGUGUUUGACAAUGUGAUACGAAAAUACAUUUGCGUGUUUUUGAAUACAUAACACUGCAAGAUGUACCACCAUUGGCUGUUGGCGGCAAUGUUGGCAGUUCUGGCGCUGCAGACGCGGGGUGAGGGGGGCAUCAGACUCCCUGACCAGCCCCCCAGAGAGGAGACUGAGGGAAGGUCCCUUAACUUCGAAAGCGAUGACCGAGGACGAUCGCCGGAAGCCCAAGGUCGUGGCCUUUUGGACUGGCUGGGGCUGGGUGAGGACCAAGACCCUUACAUCCAGCAAGCCACACAGCAGUGCAUCAAUGGAGAUCUCGCUGACUGCUUCAAGGCUCAAGCGCUGAGGUCCUUCGACGACUUCUUCGACAAACAGUCUUACCAGUUAUCAGAGAACGCGGUGCUGAAGCGUGUGGAGUCUCAAGCUCGUGCGCUGGCCAGGGAGCCCCCGGAGUUGAGCUCGCAGCCUCGCAGCGAAGACUCAGACUGGGACGCGCUCGUCAAGUACGGAAUGAGGAAGAUUGAGAGGUUUCUAAGGUCAACGGCUUUGGAGUUCCAACUGGAUGAUGAGGUGACUGCCCGGGGGGUGAUCGCACCUCGGUUCUUAGAUGAGAUAGCUGACGAGGUCGACAUCAUCGAGGACAAGAAGGCACCUCCUUUCCGUCGUCACAAGCUGAAGAAGCUGAUCAUCCCCAUGCUGCUUAUCCUAAAGCUAUUCAAGCUGAAGCUACUUCUAUUCCUGCCUCUCGUGUUGGGUCUGGCUAGCUUCAAGAAGUUCCUUGGAUUCAUGGCUCUUAUUGUACCUGGUGUGAUCGGCUACUUCAAGUUCUGCAAGCCGAACUCCUCUCCAUUCUCCACCAACCACUACUCCGGACCUCAGUACUCUCCAGCUGGCAUCGGCAUAUUGGGAUCUGGUCAGGGACCUUACCGGGACCAUUCCCCUGUCCACUCACCAGCGUAUGGUGGACAUUAUGAUAGCUAUCCUCACAAGUAUGGAGCAAGCGGCGUAGCGUUCAGAGACCACGAACAUAAUGCCCAGGACAUAGCGUACCAGGGCUGGGAGUACAGGAAUAAGAAGAACGGUGAAGAAAUCAAGGCGGAGGAGCCUUAAGACUGAUAUUUACUUUGUAGUACUUAACACCUUACCCACCCAG